UCAGGGGAAGGCCAAGGAGGCGGAGGGGACCGAUGUUUCCAUGAUGGAGGGAAAGGCGGAGUCAGAAACAGGGGAGAUAGAAGGGCAGCAAAAACUGACAGUURGGGAUAAAAGGAAACACUCCGAAGGACAAGCGGACAGGGAAGAACUGGAAGAUGACCAAGAGCCAGACAGAGAAGAGGGAUACCCUUGGGCCGGACAGCAGGAGAAAGAACUGAGGGAAUACAUCCAAAUUUUUGAAAGGGAAAGAUAUGAGAAUUACGAAUUGCAGUUAAUUCUGCAAAGGGAAGAGCAGAAAAACAAGCUCAAGACAGAAGCAGCUAACCCUUCCAGACACAUUCCGUGGACAGAGAACCCUUUUGCUCCUUUGGAAAAGGAGGAGGAGUUGGCAACACUAUUUGCAGAGAAAUACUGCGCCUCUAAAGAAGACCAGGAAAUGAAGGAAAGUGAGAGAGACGAAGAGGGCGAGGGAAAGAACAGACAUCACAAGGUCAAGAAGCUGCAGAAAUAUAAACCAACUCCAACCCUCGAAGAACAGGGAAAGAAGAAAGAACAAGAAGGAACGGACAAAGCAAUGCCAACAGUCACCCAACUGGGUAUCCAGUUGCAGGCACUGGAGGCUCAGAACGCACGGCUAAUAGACCUGAACAGGGAAGUUUCCCUACACACAGUGACAGUCCAGGAUCUGCGGAACAGAGACCAAGAUGCGCUCUGGGAAAGAGCCAGAAAGGAAGCAAACACCCUUUUGCAGUCCCGCGCAGUAAUUCCCAUCCAAAGAGAUGCACUUGCCAAUCAGUGGAAUGUAGCAGUCUGCGAAGAACUGUCAUUUCUUAGAUGGCAAUUGGGACAGAAAAAAGAGGAUCUGCUGCAGAAGAUUUGCAAGGGGGGGAAACCGGAAUUCAUAGGGCUUGCAGGGGAGCUGCAAAAGAGAGAAGAGGCAGAUCCAAAGGAUGUUUCAGAGGAAGGGGAGGAGAAAGAGCAGGCACAUUUUGACGCACGACCGCUGCUGGUCUGUCUCGUCCACAAAGCCGAGCUGCAGGAGGGACUAAGAUGGAGGCCUUGGUGGUGGGUGGUGGAGUUGCCCGUCACGGCACUAGGGAGUGACACUCUGAUGACCCAGAAUGCGGUAGCCUUGGCUACGCUGUUGGAGUCGGAAGCGCUGACACAGGAUGCUGCAGAGCUCCCAGCACUGCUGUCCCCUUUUGAGGAGGAUUUGGAAAUCAGUAAGGAACACCUGCUGAUCCACACAGACAGAAUAGGCAAUGGUGUAGUGGUGCGACCUGAUGGUGCGAUCAACCUUGUCAUGAACGGGUUCGUCCAGAUUUCGUCAUCUCUCUAUUUGAAGGGUGUGGCACGGAGCGGGAUGUCUUUUGCGCAGAGGCGACGACGAUCCUCAUCAUUUGAUGGCGCUCCUGUCCGGCCAAGUGUCCUUGUGAUGGGAAGGGAGAGCCCUUUUUUACAGCAGGCCAUGUGGGGAAGGAGGGGAUCCACAACCCCAAGAGGUCUCAGUCAGUCCCAACAUCCUGGCCAAACCCAACCAACUUCACCAGUGAGUCUCUCUUUGCGUGUCCGUACUGAGCAACCCCGACAACAGUCGCCACGUUCACCCUCGAGCACCUUAUCUCAAAAUCUCCCCUUGACCAGUCCACAGAACACAGGAAGGUCCUCAUCAACACCAGUGAACUCCCAGCCAAAUGUCUCCACACCUCUGCCAGCAGCAAAUGCUCCCACCGUGUCGAGCACUAAUCUGGGCCCUACUGUGGUUACAAGUGCAGCUGUGCAAUCCGCCGACAAUCCUUUUGGGCCAUUGGUGGCACAGCUGGGUCUGUCAGCCUCAUCAAUGCCAGUGGUAAAGAGAAGCAGAGAGCAGAGCCCACCCAAGGAGGCUCCUCCCCUCAAAUCUGUGAGUGGACCUUUGAGUCCUAGCGGGGCCAGCAUGUUUCAGUGGAAGAGGGCCUAUCCAGGUUCUGCCACAGAGAGAGGAGGCCCUAAACAAGCUCACAUGGUAGCAUCCAAAAAGCUUCAAGCUGGAAGACCAAGUAUUCUUGGUGCUGACCACCUACUCAACUUUGGAGGGUUCGUAAACAUGGGACCAGUCCCGAGGUUGUUCCUCGUUUACGAGGGAGGCUAUGGGGUGGAGAUUCUCGAUGAGACCGAGGACACGGAAAUGCAAACCUUGGCAGGCUAUGAUCAGCCCUUGGUCAACAAUGGCCAUAACGAUACGGCACAGCAGGCUGACAACCCCCAAGAGACCAACAUGCAGAUCUGCACAGCCACAGCCACGGAGGCGGGCUAUCCACAACAAAUGGGCUGCAACAUUACAAUGUCCCCUGAGAUAUCCGAAAUGCUUCACAGCCACAACUUGCGUGCGAUGCAGAUCGACCCGCAGGCGGACCAUCCACUAAUCGGUGGGUCCCAAAUAGCUGCAGGAUACAACGGCUAUCUCUUCUCGCUUCCCUCCCAAAAACAGCCAGUGAAGGAGGUGGCAGAAGCAGCACCCCCCCCCAUCGGACAGGAAGUUGUUAUGGAAAAAGCGGAGGAACGGGGCAGGGAUGACAGCCAGGGGGAGGGCAGGGAGAAACACAACAGACCACUACAGACCCGUCGCCUCUCAAGACACAGACUGGUAAGAGCAAGACUGAAAGUAAUCACUGAUGCUGUUCUCAUGGGAUUACUAAAAACUGCAGGACAGAGCAACCAGACACAAAUCCCGCCCCUGCAUUGGGAAAACAUAAGGAGAGCCUUCAUGAGCACGGCCUCGGUCACUCGACUUUUAGAUGCCACAACAGACCUGACAGCCAUCGACUGGAAAGCGGUGGCGGCCCUCAUCAUGCGGGCGGUGAGCGAUCUUUUACAAAAAAUACAACGGACCUCCCGACAGGAGCCCCCACAGUCGAGUGAAGGAUCCAUUGUCACGGCAGAUCACCAUUGCAAAGAGACAGGCACACUUUCCACCGACGGCAUCACCUGGCCGGAGAUCAUCAUUCAGGAGCUGGAAGAUGUGAUGGGAGACACGAACCUCAGCCAAGCGCUGAUGCCUGCUGGGGCAGAGGAGCUGGUACCGCCACAUUUGCUGCUCCCUUUACUCCACCUGCAGCCUCUGCAGGAUGGCGAAGGCCAGGACAAAAGCGCACUAGGGGAUCGUAUCCCACUCCGUCUCAUACCCACAGCUGUAGCAGCAUCAGAAUCUGCUGAACCUGACUCAGACUCUGACUCUGGCACAGAGGCAGGAUCAGAAUCGGAAGUCCCCAAGCCGGCGAGCAGACUCCUCAAGGCUACGCAGGACACCCCACCAGGUUUGAGACUGCAGGGCUGGAGGGGCACCACGACACAGACGGGUAGGGAGAGGGAUAGGGGGGAUACGAGGUUCGGGGAGACGGGUAGGGAGAGGGAUAGGGGGGAUACGAGGUUCGGGGAGACGGGUAGGGAGAGGGAUAGGGCCAAUACGAGGUUCGGGGAGAUAGGGGGAAGAGGGACAGAUGGGAGAGGGGAGGCGCGGAGUGGGGGGAAGGAGGUCCAUGGAGGGAGGGAUGGAGACUGGCAGGGAGUCGAGAAAGAUGGGGGGGACGAGCAGAAGAGGGUCGGGAUGGGGACUGGCGGGUACGAGGUUCAGGGAGGUUUGGGAGGAGGUUCGGGGAGGGAGGGGGAAGAUGUACAGUGAGGUCGGCGAGAUGGAGGACGAGGAGGAGGGGSACGAGGAGGAGGAGGAAAAGGAGACGAUGGAGGAAGAGGAGGACGACGAGGAGUAGACGACGGAGGUGGAGUCGGAGGAGGAGUUGGAGGAGGAGGACGAGGCGAUUAAGAAGAAGAAGAAGAAGACGAAGAAGAGGAGGAGGAGGAGGAAAAUGAGACGAUGGAGGACAAGACGAGGCGGCGACGACGACGACGAAGAAGAAGAAGAAAAAGAAGAAGAAGAAGAAGAGGGAAUACAAUAUGAAGGAGAAGAAUAUGACGAAGAAAAAGAAAAGCGCAAAAAAAAAAAAAAAAGAAUAAGAAAAACGGAUGAACGAACUACUUCAAUCAAUCAAUCAAUCAAUCAAUCAAUCAAUCAAUCAAUCAACCAACCAAUC